AUGCCGCCAACUCCAGCUCCAAAUCGAAAACGUCGAAGGGCAUCCAGCACGUCUUUCGAUGGCGCAUCUGCAUCAAAACGAGCAAAUUCUCAGUCUCAACUCGAUUCGGAUGACUCAGAUAAUGACCAUGGGUCCAUUCAAUCAAUUCGUUCAUCAUCAUCAUGGUCUGCAGAUGAUGAAGUACUUCUUCAAAGAACGAGCAAGGCAGAAGAAGUUCUUUGGAAAAGAUGCUUGGAGAUCCACAGCAUUACACCAUACGAAUUGAUACCACAUGGUGAAUACGUUGAUAUCUCGACCAAUCAUGAGAUAAAUGGUAGUGAUGAUUCGAAAAUUCCAAAUACCAACUGGAGCGAUUCCUUCAUCACCGAGUUGACUUCUUUGGUCAUAUGUCCAAUCUUUCAUGGGAAUAUUCCACUUCUUCACCAUGCCAUCCGACUGGCCACAUGGCACAGAUUGGGUCAACAACAUCGCCAAGACCCGGGAUAUUUUACAAGCGAUUCGGGCAAAUCCAGGCUUUUGGGGGAGCUCGAGGGUUCAUUGGACUCUGAAUUAUUCACGGAAAUUCGGACAAUGAUCAAUGAAAGAAUUCCAGAUGGAUUUUCAGACCAUUGUUCAUUUGUUGGAAACAUCAAAGAUUGUGUUGGCAGAUUUGCCAAGCCAAAAACAAUACAAUUGGGAGUUUCCAACCGGGAUCUCGAAGCCAUUGCCGAUGCAUGGAAUCAAUAUGUUGAAGAACAAGAUGAUAUCAAGAUCGAUCUCUUGUUGUCUUCGACCAAAGAAUAUCGCAAGGUCUACAAUGUUAGAAGAAAGGCCUUCGAAUCCCGAAAUGACAUCAUUUCAAUGGACAGAGACUCCAUAUUGUCCAGAAAGAAGUCAGCAAUUCUCGAAUCUCGAGCUUCAGACUCUUCAUCAUCGCACGCAGAAGACGAAGAAGAAGAGGAUGAUGAGGAUGAAGGCUCUCCCACAUAG